GCACGCUGCGUUUAAACGGUCUAACUGAGCGGAGACCAGCGCAGCCGAGCUGGGACGAGAAGACUGAGGAAUUUAACUUUCUUCAAAACCUCAAAGUUGUUUAUUUUAUUCCCUCAGCUGACAGCUCUGUAUUUUGUAUUUUUGCGUGUUUAUUUGCACGACAGUGAACCUGUGACACUUUGCAAGCUGAGGCGCAAUUGAUAAAGCAGAAAAAAGAAAAGAAGAAAUGGAGAAAUCAAACGGCUUCUCGCCGGACCGAAACAUCCUCUGCCUGUUUGACGUGGACGGUACUUUGACAGCACCUAGAGAGAAAAUCAACCCACAGCUGGAUGAGUUUUUCCAGACUCUGCGGAGGAAAGUGAAGAUCGGCAUUGUGGGAGGUUCGGACUACUCCAAGAUAGCAGAGCAGCUCGGCGAGGGGGAUGAUGUGAUACACAAGUUUGAUUAUGUGUUUGCUGAGAAUGGGGCAGUGCAAUACAAAGAUGGAAAACUCAUCUCCAAACAUGCCAUUCAGAACCAGAUUGGCGAAGAGCUGCUGCAGGACUUGAUCAACUUCUGCCUCAGUUACAUGGGGCUCAUCAAGCUGCCAAAGAAAAGGGGAACAUUCAUUGAGUUCAGGAAUGGAAUGCUCAACAUUUCCCCCAUUGGUCGAAACUGCACACUGGAGGAGCGAAUCGAAUUCUCUGAAAUCGACAAGAGGGAGAAGAUCAGGGAGAAAUUUGUUGCCGCCCUGAAAGAGCAGUUUGCUGGAAAGGGACUACGGUUUAGUAAAGGUGGUCUCAUCAGCUUCGAUGUUUUUCCAGAGGGCUGGGACAAGAGACUGUGUCUAGAGGUGCUGGAGAGUGAAUGCCUGGACACCAUCUACUUCUUUGGCAACGAGACCUCAGUUGGCGGAAACGACUAUGAAAUUUUCAAUGACCCACGCACCAUCGGUUUCACAGUCUACUCCCCAACGGACACGGCCAAGCUCUGCCAGGAGCUCUUCUUUGAUGCUCCACCACACGAAUCCUGAUGUCCUGAACUGCUCUCACCCAUGCCCCUAAUCCCUUUACUACAAACCCCUCUGGCAUCCUUUUGAAAGGUGCCACUACUGAUGUUCCCCACGUUAUUAAUAUGCUUACUCCAAAUACAAAUGGAUAGCAGCAGGGUGAUUUGACCGAAUUGGUACAAUAAAUCCUGCUGUGUUUUUGAAAAGGGACAGCAACUGAGGAAGCU